AUGGCUGGCGAAACACAAGAUAUUGUUGACGAAUGGAAGGCAUCAUUUCUUAGAGCUGGUGUCUAUCCACAGAGAGAACAGAAUGAGAAUGAAAAGGUGUGGUUGUUCAUUCUACUGAUUUAUUUUUAAAACGACUAGGAAUGCAGUCGGUUCGUGUGAUAAACAGGCAACAUUUGAUAUACGGAAUACAAUCGAGUAUUGUUAGACAGUUAACACCUACACCGGACCAGACUAAGUUCGUUCUCAAUGUAGAAAUCAUAAUAUUUUUAUUUCUAUCAGGGAAGUGAGUUGGGCAGUCUUGACCCUCAAAUGGAAAGACAAGUGGAGACCAUUCGUAAUCUCGUGGAUUCAUACCUCAAAAUUGUCAGUAAAACGAUCAGGGAUCUUGUCCCGAAGGCCUGUAUGUUUAUGAUCGUACAAAAU